AUGAGGGAGCAAAAUGAGGUGAAAUAUGUGAGGUCCGGAACACUUCGGCUCAUCAACAAACUUGCACACAGACGUAAGGUGUGCUGCUACUUCGUAUCGCUUACUGAUCGAAUUCUGAUUAGUCGGCGUUUAAAUGAGCUUUAUCACUCGAAAUCGUUGGAAAAAUUAGCAACAGACGACAAAUAUACACCUCAUUGGCCAAAUGAAAAGUAUAGAAACUGGAGCCUGUACGAUGAUUACUGGUAUGAUUGCUACAUGGGAAAUUCACCGCGCUCUCGUACCGAUCAAGCGCCAUACAGCAUGUGGAACUAUCCGUACAGCUCAUGGUUGAGACACAGGAAUUUUUUAUAUGAUCUUCCAUCAAUAUAUCCAUCCUACUACAGCAAGCACUACUACAGAUAUAAUGAUAAUGCCCGGUAUAUGUACUACCGUAAUUAUCUCACUUAUUACUCGCCACUGGAUCGUCACUGGCUUACGUCAACCAACAAAUAUGCAAAUUCCUACUAG